CCUGCGUGUCCCACGGCGCUCUGUCUGGUGCAACCUCUCCAGCUUGUGCUAGCGGGGAAGGGCCUCACCUCUCGCGAGAUCGCUUCCUGUUGCUGCCGCCGCUGCUUUCGGCCGCUGACUGGUGGCGUCUGCGCAGCCGCCAUGUUUGGUUGCUAUGCUGUGGCCUGGGUGACGGGGUGUGCUUGAGGGAGGAGAACGAGACCGAGGAGGAGGAGAAGGAGGCGGGGGCUUGAGCGCCUCUUGCACUCUAACACACAAACGCUGCCCAGGAUUACCCGCCCGCUCACGGCGCGCUGCGCGCUUUUCCGCUCCUCGCGGCCCCCCCACUUUGUCCUCUCAGGAUUCCUGGGUCCCUAGGGGCUGAAUUCAGGGCCUGAGUCUGGGAAGGGAUAGAUUUGGCCUUGGCUGUACAGUCAGAGUUUGGGGGCCAGACCCCCUCACCGGGGCUCCCCUCCCCCACGGCACUUUUAGGGGGUGUGGAUUAUCUCAUCCCCGCAGGGAGGUGGGAGCGCGCGCCCGCUGCCUGUCUCCCUCCGGUCUCCCGGCGGCGCUGGUCCACGGCAGCCCCGCAGUAUGAGGUGGUGCUGGCGGCUCCCGGCCGUGGCGUGGCCGUUGCAGCGGUGGCUGCUGGGGGGCCGCUGAGGGAACCCCCGGGAGCGGCGCGGCGAACGCGCUUCUCCCCGGCGCGCCCGGGCCUCGAGGCUUUUCUUCUCAAGCCGAGAGGACGCGGCUGUGAUACGAAGACCUUGUGCGGACAGUAAUGACCUCACGUUUCCGAUUGCCUGCUGGCAGAACCUACAAUGUACGAGCAUCAGAGUUGGCCCGAGACAGACAGCAUACAGAAGUGGUUUGUAACAUCCUUCUUCUGGAUAACACUGUACAAGCUUUCAAAGUUAAUAAACAUGAUCUGGGGCAAGUUUUGUUGGAUAUAGUCUUCAAGCAUCUUGAUUUGACUGAGCGUGACUAUUUUGGUUUACAGUUGGCUGAUGAUUCUACAGAUAACCCAAGGUGGCUGGAUCCGAACAAACCAAUAAGGAAGCAGCUUAAGAGAGGAUCACCUUACAGUUUGAACUUUAGAGUCAAAUUUUUCGUAAGUGACCCCAACAAGUUGCAAGAAGAAUAUACAAGGUACCAGUAUUUUUUGCAAAUUAAACAAGACAUUCUUACUGGAAGAUUGCCCUGUCCUUAUAAUACUGCUGCCCUUUUGGCUUCAUUUGCUGUUCAGUCUGAACUUGGAGACUACAAUCAGUCAGAAAACUUGCCAGGCUACCUCUCAGAUUAUUCUUUCAUUCCUAAUCAACCUCAAGAUUUUGAAAAAGAAAUUGCAAAAUUACAUCAGCAACAUAUAGGCUUAUCUCCUGCAGAAGCAGAAUUUAAUUACCUGAACACAGCACGUACCUUAGAACUCUAUGGAGUUGAAUUCCACUAUGCAAGGGAUCAAAGUAACAAUGAAAUUAUGAUUGGAGUGAUGUCAGGAGGAAUUCUGAUUUAUAAGAACAGGGUACGAAUGAAUACCUUUCCAUGGUUGAAGAUUGUAAAAAUUUCAUUUAAGUGCAAACAGUUUUUUAUUCAACUUAGAAAAGAAUUGCAUGAAUCUAGAGAAACAUUAUUGGGAUUUAAUAUGGUGAACUACAGAGCAUGCAAAAAUUUGUGGAAAGCAUGUGUAGAACAUCACACAUUCUUCCGUUUGGACAGACCGCUUCCACCUCAAAAGAAUUUUUUUGCACAUUAUUUUACAUUAGGUUCAAAAUUUCGUUACUGCGGGAGAACCGAAGUCCAGUCAGUGCAGUAUGGCAAAGAAAAGGCAAAUAAAGACAGGGUAUUUGCAAGAUCCCCAAGUAAGCCCUUGGCACGGAAAUUAAUGGAUUGGGAAGUAGUAAGCAGAAAUUCAAUAUCUGAUGACAGGUUAGAAACACAAAGCCUUCCAUCACGAUCUCCACCUGGAACUCCUAAUCAUCGAAAUUCUGCAUUCACACAAGAGGGAUCCCGGUUACGACCAUCUUCAGUUGGUCAUUUGGUAGACCAUGUGGUUCACACUUCCCCAAGUGAAGUAUUCGUGAAUCACAGAUCACCAUCUUCAACGCAAGCUAAUAGCAUCGUUCUGGAAUCAUCACCAUCACAAGAGACCCCUGGAGAUGGGCAGCCUCCAGCUUUACCACCCAAACAAUCGAAGAAAAAUAGUUGGAACCAAAUUCAUUAUUCACAUUCUCAACAAGAUCUGGAAAACCAUAUUAAUGAACCAUUUGAUGUUCCAUCUUCACCUGAAAAAUCUACUCCUAAUGGUGGUAUUCCACAUGAUAAUCUUGUUCUAAUCAGAAUGAAACCUGAUGAAAAUGGGAGAUUUGGAUUCAAUGUGAAGGGAGGAUAUGAUCAGAAGAUGCCUGUGAUCGUGUCCCGAGUAGCACCAGGAACACCUGCUGACCUCUGUGUCCCUCGAUUGAAUGAAGGGGACCAAGUUGUACUGAUCAAUGGUCGGGACAUUGCAGAACAUACCCAUGAUCAGGUUGUCCUGUUUAUUAAAGCUAGCUGCGAAAGACAUUCUGGGGAACUUGUACUUCUAGUUCGACCUAAUGCUGUAUAUGAUGUAGUGGAAGAAAAGCUAGAAAAUGAGCCAGACUUCCAGUACAUUCCUGAAAAAGCCCCACUAGAUAGUGUCCAUCAGGAUGACCAUUCCUUGCGCGAGUCGAUGAUUCAGCUAGCUGAGGGCCUUAUCACUGGAACAGUCUUGACACAAUUUGAUCAACUAUAUCGGAAAAAACCUGGAAUGACAAUGUCUUGUGCCAAAUUACCUCAGAAUAUUUCCAAAAAUAGAUACAGAGAUAUUUCGCCUUAUGAUGCUACACGGGUCAUUUUAAAGGGUAAUGAAGACUAUAUCAAUGCAAAUUAUAUAAAUAUGGAAAUUCCUUCUUCUAGCAUUAUAAAUCAGUACAUUGCUUGUCAAGGGCCAUUACCACACACUUGUACAGAUUUUUGGCAGAUGACUUGGGAACAAGGCUCCUCUAUGGUUGUAAUGUUAACCACACAAGUUGAACGUGGCAGAGUUAAAUGUCACCAAUAUUGGCCAGAACCCACAGGAAGUUCAUCCUAUGGAUGCUACCAAGUCACCUGCCACUCAGAAGAAGGAAAUACUGCAUACAUCUUCAGGAAAAUGACACUAUUUAACCAAGAGAAAAAUGAGAGUCGUCAACUCACUCAGAUCCAGUACAUCGCCUGGCCUGACCAUGGUGUCCCUGAUGAUUCAAGUGAUUUUCUGGAUUUUGUUUGUCAUGUACGAAAUAACAGGGCUGGCAAGGAAGAACCUAUUGUUGUUCAUUGCAGUGCUGGAAUUGGAAGAACUGGAGUUCUUAUUACUAUGGAAACAGCCAUGUGUCUCAUUGAAUGCAACCAACCAGUUUAUCCACUAGACAUUGUAAGAACAAUGAGAGAUCAACGAGCCAUGAUGAUCCAAACACCUAGUCAAUACAGAUUUGUAUGUGAAGCUAUUUUGAAAGUUUAUGAAGAAGGAAUUGUUAAACCCUUAACAACAUCAUCAAAUAAAUAAGAAAGCAAAAGACUUGGGAUAUGUGUUGGAAAACCGCUUUCCAUUGUAUUCACUAUGCCAUAAUACUGCUUGCAGGAAAUGGCAUCUAAACAAACAAACAAAAAAAAAUGAAGAACUAACAAAAACUGAAAACUUCAGCACUGUUGCACUUUAUGUUUAAAAAGUCACUCUUUCAAAACCUAUAAUUCAUGUGUUUGAAGACUAUUUCAUGCUUUGCUCCGAACACAUAGUGAAUAACUGAGUAUGUUCAGGGUAAUUUAUGAAAUUUUGAGGUGGUGCCAUGCAGUCCCCUUCUGAUAGAAUUGCCACAAACAAGGCUCAGAAUUCUUAUCAUCUCUGUUACACACUUGUAUUUUGAAAGCAAAAAGAAGUAAACAUCAGAAGUCAGCUCUG